UUACUACUCAGGAAACUGUGCUUCAAAAGCACAUCUCUAGCCCGUUCGUACAUAAACAUUCCCAUUCCGGAGGUAUUUGAUAUACAUGCCAGAUACGGGAAUCAGCCAUAUGAAGUAGAAUGGCACGGAUCAGAUGCAAGGGCUGACCCUGUUGAGAUAACAUUGUAUGCUUUGUCCAAAGAAGAAAGAGAUUUCACUAUGGGAAAGUACUAUAAGAUGACAUUUAUUGCCACAGAGGUCGAGAAUUCUGAUGGCUGCUAUUCACGACCUGGAAGGUAUGCUGGAAAAAUAUCCCUAAUGGAAAUGCUUACAGAUGCACCUACAACUGCUUCUGCAAAGAAGAGAGGCAUGGAUUGUUUGCAGGUAAUAUUGCUAAGCCGACGUUGCCAUCAGCAAGAAACACAAAAAACUGCAUUGUCUACAGAAAAAUCUUCCAUGGCUUCUCCAUCUGGCGAAUCACCAAAUACAACAGCAGAUAGCAGAGCUUUAGACGCCACACCAAGCAAAGACAUCAUAGAAAAGGCCGAAUCCGAUGUAGACGAUGAUGUCAGCUCUGUGUCUGAGAGAAAGAAGAGCAAGGCCACUGCCUCAGAUUCUGCAUCGACUAAGAAACAGGUCAGCAAGGCGCUCUUCCCACGCCAAUAAAGACGAUGUCACUUGCCAGUAAGCAU